AUGAGGCACAGACACUUAUUUUCGUGCAUUUUGGUGGCUGUGGCACUUUGCGUGCUCUGGCCAGGUGUGGUGGGCUUUGCAUGCAACUGGGGAAGAAUUGCAACACAGCCUCUUCAGGGAGAAAUAGUUGUGCAGCUUCUGAAGGACAAUGGAUUCGAUAAGGUAAAGCUUUUUGAUGCUGAUGCUGAGGCGCUAAAGGCUCUUGCAAAUUCUGGUAUCCAGGUAAUGGUUGGAAUAGACAAUGGUUAUUUACAAUCCCUUGGAAACAACAUCAAAGCUAGUGACGAUUGGGUGGCUCAAAAUGUGUCAGCAUACAUCAAGAAUGGAGUCGAUAUAAGGUACGUUGCUGUGAGCAAUGAAGCUUUCCUCAAGGACUAUAAGGACAAAUACAUACACAAAGUUCUUCCAGCACUUAAAAACAUCAAAGCUUCCCUAGACAAAGCUGGCUUAGGGAAAAAAGUGCAAGUGACAAUCCCUAUAAAUGCAGAUAUCUAUGAGACUGACAAUGACCUUCCAUCUGGAGGAGACUUUCGUGCCAACGUUACAAAAGAAGUUGUUGAAAUACUCAAGUUUCUCAAUACACACAAUGCUCCCAUUGCCAUUAACAUUUACCCAUUCCUCAGCCUCUACUACGAUUCCAUGUUCCCCAAGGAGUUUGCUUUCUUCAAUGGCACUUUCCCUGGUCUAGUUGAUGGAAACAUCACUUACACCAAUGCCUUUGAUGGGAAUCUUGACACCCUUUCAGCUGCCUUAGAAAAACAUGGGGUUGGAUCAAUGCCUAUCAUAGUUGGAGAAGUUGGGUGGCCAACAAAUGGUGAUUCCAACGCAAACAAUGCAAAUGCUCAAAGGUUCUAUCAAGGCUUAAUUGAUCGCAUAAAUAGUAAUAAAGGACCCCCCAAGAGGCCUCAAAACAUGCCAGAUGUGUACAUGUUUGGACUUGUAGAUGAAGAUGCAAAGAGUAUUCUACCUGGCAACUUUGAACCACACUGGGGUAUUUUCAACUAUGAUGGAAGCAUUAAGUACCAAGUGGACUUGGGUAAUGGCACAAAACUAGUACCUUCAAAAGGGGUUAAGUACAUGAAGAAACAAUGGUGUGUGCUUUCUCCAAAAGCGAGACUUGAUGACCCCAAGAUGAACGAAAAUUGGAAGAUUGCAUGUGGGGCAUCAACGGGGUGCACUAGUGUGACUAAUGGGUCAGCUUGUGAGUGGAUGGAUAAUAGGACAAAAGCAUCAUAUGCAUUCAAUGCAUUCUACCAAGUCACAAAUCAAAACAAAGAUGGAUGCAAAUUCAACGGUUUAUCAAUCAUCACCGAGAAAGACCCAUCACCCCCAAAUGCUACUUGCAAAUUUGAUAUUGCACUUGAUGUGGGGCAACUUGCAACCGUACCUGCACCUGCACCUAGCCCAGGUAGAAUGUUAGCACCUGAAAUUGAGCCUAGUCCUGGUAGAACGUUAGAACCUGGUUCCAAUUCGUUUGCUGUGGCAACAAAGCAACCAAACUCAAUUGCACUAAUGGUAUUAAGUUUGAUGCUUAUCAUCCUCUGA